AUGUCCAGCGGCUGGUCCGCGCCCCGCUCCGCUGCCGACAUGCUGGAGGGGGAGGGAGGAGGAAGGAGUGAGGAGAGGAGGAGGAGGAGUGAGGAGGAGGAGGGCCGCACUCCCCGGGGGCGGCGGCCAGAGCGUGCGCCGCGUGCCUGGUCCAGAGAGGACGCCGGAUUAUUUGGAGGCCGUCGGGGGGUCUGCGCUG